AUGAAGGUACUUGGCGCUUUUGGUCAUGCUUUCUCAGCCAAGAAAUUCAAGAAACUUCUUUACGAUGCUCGUUCAGGGUUCGAAAAUUCAAGGUCAGCUGUUGAAGAUAAAAUCUCUGACGACACCUCUGUAGUCACCACGCUUCUCAGGGAAGGAGAUCACAAGAAGGCCUACAACAAAGUCCACAUAGUCAUACGAAAACAAAACCAAGUCGACGCUUACAACAUCAUCAUCGGCUACCUCGGUCUCUUGAUAGAAGAUAUUGACGAAAUCAAACCCAAAAGAGAUAUCCCUGAAGAGCAUAUCGAAGCUGUUUCCAGCUUGAUCUUUGCAGCUCCUAGAAUCAGAUUAGCAUGCACAUGCUUCACCGUGCUUCAAGUCGUUCGGAAGACUUUUCUUUUGCAUUUUGGCAAAAACCUCGCGGCUCAGUACCUUGAGAUUAAUGAUUGUAGGAUUAAUCCUCAAUUAAUUGAGAAGUUGUCCGAAAAAAGGUUACUGAAAGAAGUUAAGAUGAAGGUUUUGGAAGAGAUUGCUGCAAAGGAAAACAUUGUUCUGAAACUAGAAGAAGCUUCUACUUCCACAGAGGGGACAUCAGAUAAGGCUGAGCUAGCAAGUGAAGAGACAGUAGAAGAUGAGACAAGAAAAGGUUGUGGGUUAUCUGAUCCAGGUAAAAGCGAAAAGAAGAAGCAGGUUGAUUUGGCUGAUCCUGACAAAGCAGUGGCUAAUUCAUCUAAGGAUCCGGAAAACAAGCAACCGGGACAGGGAAAAAAAGGCAACAAUAAUGGUUUGGCUAAGAGAGGAAACAUGAAGCAGAAAGGAAAGAAGAAGCAGACUGGUGUCACUGAAAAAGCUUUGGUAAAUUCAUCUAACGUUACUGAUGUUGCUGGACAAGAAGUGGGAAGUUCAUCUAACAGCUGUAAAAAUAAAAAGUCAGGACAAGAAGGUAAUGGGGAUAGUUCGGCUAAGAAAGGAACCAUGAAGCAGAAUGAUGUGGCUGAAAGGGCAUUGGCAAAUUCAUCUGACGGUCCUGAAAACAAGGAAUCAGAACAGGACGGUGAUGAUGAUGGUUUGGUUAAGAGAGGAAAGAAGAGGCCUACUGUUUUGGUUGGAAAAGCAGUGGGAAGUCCAUCUAACGGUCCUGAAAACGAAAAGUCUGAACAAGAACAAGAAGGUAAUGAUGUGAGGUCAGAAUCUGAGAGGCUGGUGGUGUCGGAUUCAGGAGAAAUCAUUCAGCCUGACAAUGAGGAUAGGCGGGGGAAGGAUAUUGAUAUCGACAGGAAUGUGGAAGAAUCAGGAGAUGUGAAUCACAUGGUUCAUUUGGUUGGAGCGACAGUGGCACUUCUUAUUGUUUUUGUCUUUUUGUCCUUUUUUUUUAUUAAGAGUUCCUGAACAGUGAAAACUGAGUCACUUGGAGGGGAGUGGGGUUAGUAACCCCCAUAACUUAUCUAAAAUUUGUGUGCAUGCUUACUUUAUGGAUGAUUUGGUCGUAAGCCUAAGAGGUUUGACCCCAAUGUGUUUGUCAGUUCGCCCCUUUGUCUCCACUUUUGCAUUUUAAUAAAAUUUCUCAUUUAAAC